GGAGAGGUCCGGAGGUGAUGAGGAAGUGCCUGAGCUUCAGAAAUGCAAGGCGGCUGAAUUAUGCCCGCGCCUUCAGCACCUCUUCACCCUGUCUGACUUCAUCCCCGGAUACAGGCCGUCUCGACUUUAGAGCCAUUGAUUCCAAAUGGCAGCAAAGAUGGGCAGAGCAAGCCCAAGGGCAGCGUCCGAGGAGGAAGUCUCACAAAUAUUAUGUCCUCCCUAUGUUUGCCUAUCCUUCAGGCUCGCUGCAUAUGGGCCAUCUUCGAGUCUAUACAAUCUCAGAUGUAAUCGCACGAUAUCGACGGAUGCGAGGUGAUCAUGUUUUACACCCCACGGGCUGGGAUGCCUUUGGUUUACCGGCUGAGAAUGCUGCAAUUGAGCGUGGGGUCGAUCCUGCAGUGUGGACUGAACAGAACAUAACAAAGAUGAAACAACAGCUCAAGAGCAUGAAUACCAGCUUCGAUUGGGAUGCGGAAAUAUCUACAUGUUCGCCUCAGUUCUACAAGCACACGCAGCGUAUAUUCUUGAAGCUGUUUCACCGUGGUUUAGCAUACCAAGCUGAGGCUCUUGUCAACUAUGAUCCAGUGGAUAAAACCGUCCUUGCAAAUGAACAGGUUGACAGCAACGGGCGAUCGUGGAGAUCUGGGGCACUUGUGCAGCAAGUCAAGCUUCGCCAGUGGUUCUUCCGCAUUACUGAAUUCAAAGAAGCCUUGCUGCAAGACCUUGAAUACCUGUCUGAGGGCGGUAAAUGGCCCGAAAGAGUCGUCUCACAACAACGUAAUUGGCUUGGCCGUUCUACUGGAGCUCGCAUCCAAUUCGAACUCAAGAAUGAAGCUGGUGUAUCGACUUCAGCUCGUGUGUUUACCACACGCCCCGAUACGUUGUACGGAGUGAAAUAUCUCGCCUUGUCCAUGAGCCAUCCUCUCGUACAGCAACUGGCUGCCCAGAAUGCCGAACUGCAGCGAUUCUUAGACAAGAGAGCUUCCUUUCCACCGGACACGAAAGAAGGCUUUGAGUUGCCAUUGAAAGCGAUCCAUCCCUUGUCCCAAGAAAACCUACCGGUAUUCACCGCGCCAUAUGUUUUAGAAGACUAUGGGGAGGGUGCUGUUAUGGGUGUGCCUGCCCAUGAUACAAGGGAUCUCAGCUUUUGGAAGUUACAUCGACCUUCGGAUCCCAUCCCAGUAGUUGUGGCGCGAUCGAAUGGUGAGGUGGAAACGCUUUAUACUCUUCCUCAUGACCUCUCCGAGGCCUUCACCAACCACGGUACAUUGACGUCGGCCUGUGGCCCUUAUGCCGGGAUGGAAAGUCAAGCUGCAGGCAUAAAGAUCGUUGGCGACCUGCAGGAGCGCAACCUCGCGGAACCGUUCGAAACAUGGAAACUCCGCGACUGGCUUGUAAGUCGACAAAGGUACUGGGGCACCCCUAUACCUAUCGUCCAUUGCCCCAGUUGCGGCAUCGUUCCUGUACCGGAGGAAGAUCUUCCUGUGGUACUUCCACCCUUGGUGUCGUCUGUCAAAGGCCAGCCAGGCAAUCCUCUUGACAAGAUUGAAGAAUGGGUCAAUUGUGUGUGCCCCAAAUGCCAAAAGCCAGCUCGGCGAGAGACAGAUACCAUGGAUACUUUCGUUGACUCUUCUUGGUAUUUCAUACGUUUUCCUGAUCCUCAAAAUGAACAUGAGCUUUGUUCCCAAAAUUCAGCACGCAACACGCUACCCGUUGACACGUAUAUUGGCGGUGUUGAGCAUGCGAUUCUCCAUCUACUCUAUGCUCGCUUUGUCUACAAGUUCCUUUGCCAGGAAGGUCUGAUGACGCAAGAACGUGGAAGACAAGAGCCUUUUCAACGACUCGUAGCUCAGGGCAUGGUACAUGGAAAAACCUUUUCGGAUCCAGAAACUGGUCGAUUCCUCCUUCCGGGAGAACUUGCAGUUGAUGGGGAUCUUAUUGUCAUGAAAACGACGGGAAAAGUCCCCAAUGUCACCUUUGAGAAGAUGUCGAAGAGUAAACAUAAUGGCGUCGAUCCAACAGCUGCUAUCGAGAAGUACGGAGCCGACACCUUGCGAGCCCAUAUCCUUUUUGCGGCUCCUGUCAGUGAAGUGCUGCAAUGGGACGAAGAGAAGAUCAUCGGCAUCCAGAGAUGGCUUGGUCGUGUCAAACGUCUCGUUAAAGAUCUUUCUGUACGGGAUUUCUCCUCGAGUCUUAUCGGUGCAAACGAUGCAUUCGACGUGAGCAAGUUGGUAAACAGCGAUGCUGACAUCCUGCUCCUUGCGCUGAGUACAAGUCGUAAUAUUCAGAAUACCUUUGAAAAGGAUGUUUACAGUCUGAACACCGCCAUCUCUGACCUUACCAAACUCACAAAUAAACUGCAUGAAGUUGGGAUUCAGAACUUGACCCCACAAGUCGCAGAGCAUGUGAUGCGCGCGCUUCUGAGAUUGAUGGCACCAAUCACGCCAGCAUUCGCAGAAGAGUGCUGGGAAGAACUUACGAAGAAAGACUCUAUGGGAAGUAUAUUUGACGUUAUUUGGACCAGUGAUGUUAUCAGUCCAGAACAAGAGUCUGCCCUCAAAGCGCGCCAACGACUGAUCACCUGUGCUGUUCAGGUGAACGGGAAACUUCGAUUUACGACAGAGAUUCCUUCUCGCCGGCCUGAUCAAUCCGCGGCUAUAGGAAAGGAAGAACGUGAAACAGAGAUCCUCGAGACAAUUCUUGCUACGGAUGAAGGCCGCCUUUGGCUGACGGAGAAGAAUGAUUGGGAGAGGAGAAAGCGGGUGAUUCUUGUCGGCAAUGGCAAAGUAUUGAACGUGGUAUUUUGAGGGACGUGGCCUCUGUUCAUGUGUACAAUGAGAAGCCGACUUGGCUUAUUAAAAGCCCCCUUUACCAUAACACAAGUAUAUAUUCUAUGUAAGAGACCCCUUCGCAACAGGGACUGCGUAGUGGCUCUGAUGAGACGGGCAAUGCGGACAGAGUCUCUGGUCAAA